UUCGAACAUUUCCUGAUCAAGAUCUUCCACAUCCUCUCAGAACAACAAGCAGCAUCUUUGGCUAUCGUAUUCUAUCAUAAUUUAGUUGACCUCUCUUUUCUUUUUGCUGAAGGCCUCGCCCCAAGCUUGCGAACCGACCGUUUUACCGAAGCUGAAAUCAGAUCAUUACUUCUCGCGAGAAACCAUCCCCCCGUGAAUUGUCGGUUCUCCCAACUUACUACAGCUUCCAUUAUCCUACGCCCUUCUGGCAUUGCCUCCACGACUAAGUUGAGCCGAUCGAUCCCCAGCACCCAAACGACUCUACUCUCCGUUUCGCUUCAUACCAAAACACCAAAUCAUCAUCCUUACUGCCCAUUUCAGAGACACAACAAUCCCUGUUUUCUCUCUUUGUUUCUUCACGAUGGCAGAAGCAUUGGCUUCGCAGCUGAACAAGGCCAAGUUAGGGGACAAUGGCGCAGAAACCAAGUGGAAGGAACAGCUUAAACUUCCCCCAAAAGAUACAAGGACACAAACAGAGGAUGUCACAGCCACAAAGGGUUUGGAGUUUGAGGAUUUUUAUAUCAAACGAGAAUUGAUGAUGGGAAUAUUUGAGGCUGGCUUUGAGAAACCGUCUCCUAUCCAAGAAGAAACCAUACCCGUUGCACUUACCGGUCGUGAUAUACUCGCUCGGGCAAAAAACGGAACUGGGAAAACAGCGGCCUUUGUCAUACCAACUUUAGAACGCACCAAUCCCAAAAUCUCGAAGACGCAGGCCCUCAUUCUCGUACCUACAAGAGAGUUAGCGCUUCAAACGUCACAAGUGUGCAAAACCUUAGGCAAGCAUCUCGGUAUCAAUGUGAUGGUAACCACUGGGGGUACUGGCCUACAAGACGAUAUUAUUCGAUUGAGUGAUACUGUCCAUAUCAUAGUUGGUACACCCGGAAGAAUUCUCGACCUCGCAAGCAAGGGUGUGGCAGAUUUGUCUGAAUGCACUACAUUUGUAAUGGAUGAGGCCGAUAAGCUUCUGUCACCGGAAUUUACACCUGUUAUUGAACAACUACUGUCAUUCCAUCCCAAGGACCGCCAAGUUAUGCUUUUCAGUGCUACCUUUCCAAUGAUUGUGAAAUCUUUCAAGGACAAGCAUAUGCGAAAUCCGUACGAGAUCAAUCUCAUGGAUGAACUCACAUUACGCGGUAUCACACAAUAUUAUGCUUUUGUUGAAGAAAGGCAGAAGGUCCAUUGUCUAAACACUCUAUUUUCCAAAUUGCAAAUCAAUCAGUCCAUUAUUUUUUGCAAUUCAACAAACCGAGUGGAGUUGCUUGCAAAGAAAAUCACCGAGCUUGGGUACUCCUGCUUUUAUUCUCAUGCGAGAAUGCUUCAACAAAAUCGAAACCGUGUUUUCCAUGACUUUCGGAACGGUGUUUGCCGUAAUCUUGUCUGUUCGGACUUACUCACUCGAGGAAUUGAUAUCCAAGCCGUUAACGUCGUCAUAAACUUUGAUUUUCCGAAAAACGCUGAAACGUAUCUUCAUCGAAUUGGCCGUUCCGGUCGAUUUGGCCAUCUAGGCUUAGCAAUCAAUCUUAUCAAUUGGGAUGAUCGGUACAACUUAUACAAAAUUGAACAGGAGCUUGGAACCGAGAUUCAACCGAUACCGCCAUCAAUUGAUAAAAAACUUUACGUCUAUGAUACCCCCGAAACAAUCCCACGCCCUAUAGCAAAUGCGUCUACAGAACGUAACCCACCUGCACAACUUGCUCAGAGUUCUGACAAUCAAAACCAUCGCCAAGCUCACCAUAUAAGUGGGGGGCACGGGCAACAAACAGCAAAUCGAGGGCAUUCACUCCGGGGAUCCUACAGGGGUGGUCGUGCUCAGGGUCACCGCGGUGGACAUCCAGAGAACAAUCGUACGAACCCAAUGUCUUCUCGCUCGAAUAUGCCAACUUCUACUACUGCAUCCUAAGUUACCGCGAUUUGGAUGCUUUUCGGCGGAUCGAGUCCGACGCAAUCGGUUCGUAAAAUAGAUUCACGCCACACUUAUCUCUCCCCUCUAUAGUUCGACUCGUUUACGCUUGAAUUCUCGCAUUUCCUUUUUCCGUUUGUUCGUUCCAGCAUUCUCAGAGAUCCACCAUGCCUGGGAUCCCGCUUCCUCAUCUUCAGUGGACUACCUUUUCCGCUGUUGCUUAUAUCACUUCACCGGGUUUGGUUCCUCGAUCGCCUUGCUCCUAUUUCAACGGUCGAUUUACGAAUAUGUAUCAUACUGCCCAUGUCAGCACUCGGUUUUAACAGCUCCAUGCAUCGAAUUCUUAUAAAUAGGCGCUGGGGCUAGGGCUAUAUGAUUUGAAUUCGGUUUUGUCACAUUUGUUUGUGACCUCUCUUUGGUGACCGGCUGCAAUCCGCAUUUUCAGCGCAAUGGUGAAUGUCGGCGUUUUAGUCAAUCUAUUUUUGCGGGGCAUAUUUUCUCAUUCCAAUGGGCUACAGCCUGCCACUGAUGGGAUUUUAGCACUAGAUGUGCUUGUUUACCACGCACUCAGGCCAGAUUUUAGUUUGGUGUUAUGCUGAGGAGCAAGAACCUGUUCAACGCAACAUGCCUCUAUAUUUCAGCUGACAUUGAUACUCAUCCAAGUAUGUUUCUGGGUUCCUGCUGGCAACUGAUGUCCUCGAUGACGAUAUUAUUUUUGUGCCAUGAAUCCCCUUAUCAAGAAUAUCAAAAUUCUACCCAAUAUCCAAAUCGCACCAUUUUGAUGCGAAGCAGGCCGCACCGGCAA